GACCGGAAACAUUUAAUUAAGAUAUCAAAAUAAAAGCGUUAUAACCUGCUCUUUUUGGGGAAAUAAGCGGGUCAUUAUCUUAAGGCAUGAAACUAAACAAUCGGUAGAAUAAUUUGAUACGAUAUCGAGCUGGAUUACGACUAUAAAACAAGCUAACGUCUACUUUACGUCAGCGUUAAACACCUUGACCGGAAGUUGCAACCGACAUAUUGGCUAUAACUUUGACAAGCUUGACAGUAGCUAAAACUUUCUUCCCUCCCCCUCUUCCACUCACUCAGCGUACUCCUUCCUUCCACCCCAUCCAUCCAUUCGUUGUUGUUGUUAGAGCGGUGAUGGAGAAGCCGAGGGACCGCUACCGGCGCCGCUAGCUAGCAACGAUUCAGGUCAGGCUAACAAACCGACACAGAGAGAGAGAGAUAGCGAGAGUGAGAGGAGGAAGAAAAAAAAACCGGAUAAACGGACCGGAGGGAGAGGAUGGAAACGGUUGAGCAGCUCGUCUCCUUCCACCACAUUCAGGUCCAGUUGAGCGGGGGCGCGCCUUGGGGGUUCACGCUGAAAGGAGGGCUCGAGCACGGCGAGCCGCUCAUCAUCACUAAAAUCGAGGACGGAGGGAAGGCUGCCCUGUGCAAGAAGCUGAAAGUUGGCGACGAGCUCAUUAACAUAAAUGGAUCCGCCCUCUACGGCAGCAGACAGGAAGCCCUCAUCCUCAUCAAGGGAUCGUACAGGAUACUGAAGCUCGCAGUCCGGAGGCGCAGCGUUCCUCUCAUCAGGCCUCACUCCUGGCACCUGGCUAAGCUAUCGGAGACGGCCCUCCCUCCCCCUCCCCCUCCUCCAUCUCCUCCUCCUCUGCCCUGCCACCCCCCUGUCGAAUCCCCUUCUCUCCCCCCUCCUCCUCCUCUGUCUGCCAUGCAGCUCCACCCCGGCCCCUACACACUACCCUGGCACACAACUGACAACAGUGACUUGCCCUUGCAGUGGGGUCAGCUGUCCAGACCUUACUCCUCCACUGACCGAAGCAGUUCCCUGGGUUCCAUGGAGAGCUUGGACACACCAACGCCCAUCACGCAGCCGUACUCCGACUCCCAUAAUUCGCCAGUCGACCCCACCCUCUUCAACAACAAGAGAGACUCUGCCUACAGCUCAUUCUCCGCCAGCUCAAACACGUCUGACUACGCGGCGGUGCCACUAAGGCCCGGUGAAGCCUGCUCCAUGGAUAAUCUCCUUCAGAGCCUGGGGCCAGCUUGUCAAGGCUACCCUGGUGGUGAUACCUCAACCCUGGGAAGUUCAUCUGCAGAGGCCCCGGAUGAGGCGCAGCUUAUUGUACACAAGUCCAGAUCGCUGACCAGGCCAAGACCAAGGACUGUUGAGGUAAAAGAGAGGCCUUCCUCCUGCUGUUAUGAAGAGGAGCGGAGGGGAGUUGACUUUGAGAUCAUAAGAAAUGGAGAAAGAGGAGAUGAGAGAAAGAUGAACCCUCCUCAGCCUCCAACUAGGAAGGACAGUUUUAGGGCAACCCGGAGUCGCCCUAAUGCCACCAACAAACGUUGCGUCUCUGCUCCUAUUGAAAUUUCCAGUGUUUCUUUUUACCAUGACGAAAAUAAGUCCUCUCUGAAUGUUGAAUCAGGAAUCCAAAAUGGCUUUCCUGCACCAGAAGAAUGUGACAAAACUGGGAAUUUCAAAGAGGAUACCUUAGACUCGCACUAUAUCCAGAGACAGACUAAAGACAUUAGACAUAUCAGAUGUGAUACUAGUGCUAAUAAAGACUACAAUUCAGACGCCACCUCAGAUCACCACUCUGACCCGGUGACGUCCUCCCUAGUCCCCAUGACCUCCUCUCGUCCUGGCUCCUUACCUGCAGAAUCUUCCAUGGAGGUUCAAGGGCAGUCUCAUAUCAUGCACUCCCAGACCAAGCACACCUCUACAGGGCUGCACCGGCACAGUGCUCCUGAGAAGCUCCUCGCUACACAACUCCAGUUAUUGCAGUUUAACAGUGACGGCUCUUCAUUGGAGCCUUGCAAUCCGUCGAAUCCUUCUGAUCGCUCUUUGUCCCCUUGUAGCAGCCAAUGGUCUCAUUCAUCACUACAGCCCAUGAGGGAAGACCAAGAAGCUUCUAACAACCACCUCCAGGCCUCAUCAAACAAAUGGGGAGGCAGCCGUUGCUCGACCCCAGGAUCUGUGUUCUUGGAAGGGGAUGAUGAUGAUGGAGGUUCAAGUGAAGGGAUGGGUGUAAAUGGUGGGCCCCUUCCCCCAAUUGAGCAUCACCACCCUUGGGGCCGCUCUGCAAGCGUACCAGGGGACCCUACUGGAUCAUCAACCCAGGGAAGGUUGAGUUCUGACCAGAUACUAGAGCGCGAUUUUGAGCCUCUUAGUGCUGCUGCCAGUGUAGAUACCUUACUAGAGGAGCAGAGAGCAGUGGACAGAGGAAAAAGUGGAGGUAAAAAAGAGGAGGUUGUAAAAGGAGAGACAGACAUGAAGAAAUCAAACUCAUCCAGGAACCAUCGUCGGAACCGUCGUCGCAGUGAGCGAUUUGCUACCAACCUCCGCAAUGAGAUCCAGAGGAAAAAGGCCCAGCUUCAGAGGAGCCAUGGCCCAGGAGGGUUGCUCUGUAGUGGGGAAACUGUCCAUGAGGAAGAGGUUUCAGACUUCAAUGAGGAGGGGGCAAACCCAGACCUGCCUGUCCAGGAAAGGAGUACCAAAGUUGCAUUUGCCUCACCUGUUGGUCCCCAAGAUGUUAGCACCACAGCACCAGUCGAGAAAUCAAACACCUCAAGUGAGUCAAACCAUGAUGUCUUGCAGACUCAGCCUCAUUCAACAACCUACUCUCAAAACAACAACCUAUCCAGGUCUGUCCAAAUUCUGGACCCAGGACUGCCCAGUUUUGGUGUUGGCAUCCGAGUCGUGGAGGAACCAGCUCCUGCCGGCAAAGCCCGCCGCUGGCGUUGGACCCCCGAGCAUAAACUCCAACCAGAACCAGAACCCAAACCAGACCGACGGUGUGGAGUCACGGGUGAGAAGGUGUUGGGAGUCACAGGGUCACGGCAUGGGGUUUGUGCCUUCACCUCCUCAUCCACUUCCUCAUACAGUCGCUCCUCUUCCUGUUCUCGGAUGGAGGAGUCAGAUAUCCUUCCAUUUGCAGAUAGAAUGAAGUUUUUCGAGGAGACAAGCAAGGGUAUGUCUGUGUCAAAUGUCUUGAGUCUGUCAAGUCGCAGGCAGAAGAAACCCCCCCACCAUCUGGAGCUCCAGGGAGGGGAGCUCGGUCAGCACCCAACCCAAAGAAGAUACUCCUACCAGGGGGGACUUCAGCAGGAAAGUGACCUGCUUCCAAACACUGUGGAAGCCAGGAGGCUGUCUGUGAGUACCAGCAGGGAGAAGCAGAAAGAGAAGGAGAAGGAACAAGCGAGAGAACGGGAAGAGAGGGCAAGGGAGAGGGAAGAGAGGUUGAGAGAAAGGGAGAGGCAGCAGGAGAUGGAAAGACAGGAGAGGGAAUUAGAAAUGGAGAGGGCAAGGCUGAGGGAGAUUCAGCGGGAGAGGGAACAAGAGAGGGUGAGACAGUGGGAGAGGGAAAGAGAGAGGGAGCUUGAGUUGGAGAGAGAAAAAGAAAUGGAGAUGGCCAGAGAGAAGGAACGUCUCAAAAAAGAAAGAGAGAUAGAGCUUGAGAGAGAAAGAGAGAAGGAAAGGGAAGAAGAUGCUCAGCUCACCUCACAACAGGACUUUUACAAAGAAAAAAAUCAAGGCUUCCAACACAAGGACAACUUCCACAACUUCCAGCCUAAGCCUCAGGCGUUCUCCCAUAGCCAAACCCAGAAUCAAGUCCCACGGUCAGCUUUUUAUCCUGUCAACACCUCCUCCCAGCUCCUGGAGAACCAGCAACCUCUUCACCAGGGAUACACAGCGAAGAGCUAUACGCCUACAGAGAUGUAUCCCGCCCGGCAACAGGAAACGACCAAGCUCAACAGGAAGUACAGCCUGACUGAGAGGGACUACGCAAGCUGGAGACGGGAGUCCAGAGCUCCAGAGAGCAUUAAUCAGUAUCAUCAGCAUCCCCACCAGGGUCGAUGGGGCCCCAGACAGGUUGACAGCGGCAACGAUGACCGCAAUGGAUACGCAUUUGCUCCCCCGCCGGCUCCUCUCUCACUCCGAGGACGCGCCAUGUCUGAAAAUGACCUCCGCUUCGACAGCAGCCAUCGGUGGUCGCCGUCGAUUUCUGUCGCAACCAGCCAGACCCUGAGCGAGGUGGAGGAAGGAGCUGGCGGCGUUAGGGGAGGAGAAGCUGCCAACACUGCCCGGCCAAACAGGAAGAAGACGCCGCCUCCCCCGAGACCACCGCCCCCGAAGUGGGAGCAGUUCCACCGCAGGCGUGCUUCUCACCACACCCUGUUCUCCUCCUCUUCUUCUACUGCUCCUCACUCCAUCCCUCCCUCCUUCGCAGAGGGACACUAUUCGACUCACUCGUCCUCACACAUCCCUCCACUUGAAACGUCCAGGCAGAGGUCCUACAGUCUUCCUCCAGAGAGGCAGGAAGUGUCGGAGGGCUGCCCGCGCUGCAGCUGCAUCCAAACUCAAACCCAGGAACGCACAUUUUCCCACGCCUCGUCCAAUCAAAAUCAACCACACAUGCAGGAACACCCUUUCUCCCACGCUUCGUCCGAUCAGAAUCAGGUUCAAUUUAAGGACCGGGCCUUUACUGUUGCUCCGCCCAGUCCUAUGUUCUCCAGGAGGGCCUUCAGACCAGUGGCUCCGCCCCAAAGAGAGGGGGACCUGAGGAGCACAUAUGAUCAGGAGAGGGAGGAGGUUUUAUCAUCUCUACCUCCACCGACACCAACAGAGAACAGCGUGAGCAGUUUAUCUGAGAUGAACAUCAGCCACAGCCCCAACCAGAACAGAGUAACAGUGAAACCUCACAAACAUCAGUCCAACGUGAGACCUGGAGCCGAGUGGGAGAGGGCCACAUCUCCCAGAGUUCAUAGCGACUCAACACUUCCUCCUGUCUUAGAAAAUGGAAGUGUUGGUGGGGUUUUACCUCCUGAAUCCUACUUCGCCCUCGACUACGAGCAGCAGCAGCAGCAGCUCCGUAUGAACAGAGGCUUUCAGAGCAUCGAUCCGCAGAAGAUCCCAGAACCAGGAACAGAAUCAGAGACGACCCUCAGCCCGAGCCCUGCGCACAGCCUGGACGCAGACCUGGACGUCCCCAUGGAAACAGACAUUGAUGAUUUCCAGGAGGAUGAGGGACUUCCAGCAGAGGACGAGCCGAUCACCAGUGAGCUCCCUUGCUUUGCGCUGCCGGUUAUGGUCCUGGAGACGGACAUCGACACGUUACCGGACUCUGAGGCCUCGCCGUCGGGCAGGAUGAGGGCAGAGAGCAGCUCUCUGGAGGAGGAGUUGGAGGCUGGGGAGAGCAGCAGAGAGAGGCUGAGCCUGGAGGAACUCUUCCCCCAAAGCUGUGAAGGAGAGUCGGGCACGGAGAGCUGGAGAGGGGCCUACCAAACCACAGAGCACAACACCGACAGCUUGGAUAGGCGGUCCGGUGCGAGCUCCAGCUGUUCGUCCUAUUACAGCACGUCGGCAGCCAAAGCUCAGCUCCUGUCGCAGAUGAAGGACUUCACUGAUAACAGAGAGAGGGACGAGGACGAUGAGCUGACCUACAAGAAACAGCUGAUGGAGAGCCUCCGCAAAAAGCUGGGAGUGCUGAGAGAAGCUCAGAGGGGACUGCAGGACGACAUCAGAGCCAACGCACAGCUGGGAGAGGAGGUGGAGAGCAUGGUGGUGGCGGUGUGUAAGCCCAACGAGGUGGACAAGUUCCGCAUGUUCAUCGGCGAUCUGGACAAGGUGGUCAGCCUGCUGCUGUCGCUGUCUGGGAGGCUGCUGAGAGUGGAGACCACGCUGGAUACACUGGACCCUGAGACGGAGCACCACGAGAGGCUCCCCCUACUGGAGAAGAAGCGUCAGCUCAUGAGGCAGCUGUCUGAGGCUCAGGACCUGAAGGACCACGUUGACCGCAGAGAGCAGGCCGUCAGCCGGGUCCUGGCCCGCUGCCUCUCCCCCGAGCACCACAGAGACUACAGCCACUAUGUGAAGAUGAAGGCCGCCCUGCUGGUGGAGCAGAGGCAGCUGGAGGACAAGAUCCGGCUGGGAGAGGAGCAGCUGAGGGGGCUGAGGGAGAGCCUGGGCCUAGGGCUGGGAAUUGGUAUGGGAAUGUCGAUGGGAUACGGACAUUAUUGAAAAAAAACCAAGAAGAGAUGAAGAAGCGGGGCUUGUUGUCACAUUAAGUCCGUCCGAGUCAGUUUCAAGACCACAGGAUGCAUGUACAUGCAGUGUACAUAUUUGUAAAAACACUGAUUUACAGAGUUUCUUAAAGGGAUAGUUUGGCAUUUUAGGAAAUCUGCUUAUUCACCAUGCUUAUAUACCACUCUCAUGUCUGUACCCUGGCUCUGUCCAAAAGUAACAAAAUCCGCCUGCCAGCCCCUCUAAAACUCAGUGUUUAACACGCCAUAUCUCGUUUUGACUUCCUGGAGUCAUUAUGCUAAGCUAAGCUAAGCAUUGCCUGGCUGUAGCUUCAUAUUUAGCGUUCCAAAAUGUCAAACUAUUCCUUUAAGGAUUAGCAGAGCUAACCAACAGCUCAAACACCCUGAAAGUUUUUCGGUUGGCGGGGAAAACUUGACUCCAACACCCAAUGAAGACCAAAGCAGGAGGCACGAGUCCAAGGUGUCGAGCAGAAAAAAAGACUGGACUUAAGUGCUUAAAAAACAAAAAAAAAAAAACAAGAAGAAGAAAAAAAGUUGAGCAUGGACUCACAGAAACCAUUAACUAGAAACUUCAGAAAUACACCAGAAACAUAUCGACAACUUAACCCCAUAACUGUGAUAAGAGAGCUGAGAGCAUGUUUGUGAACACAGAAGAACAAGAAGAGGAUGUUUUCCCCCAAAUUUCACCCAGGUAAAAGACUGAAACUGGGGCGAGGACUCAAAUUGAGGUUGUCACUUCACUAAGAAUGUAAAACAAAGCCUGAUAAUCACAUUUUCGUUUCUGUGGCCACAGUAAGGACUUCAAAUUAUACCUUCUGCUUCACACUAUGUGCCUGAAACAUGUACUGUAAAACUGUACUAAUGACACUACACUUAUUCUAACCAGUAUCAAAGUACGUUGCCAAAGACAUUUUCGCUUGAUGAAUGUGUCACCGAGACGCUGCUUUAUUUUGUGAGUUUUCUUUUGUAUUUAAAUCUCCUGGUUCAGAGAAUCAAAGGAGACGUUUUUCGGUGCUUCACACUAAGAAACUGUGUUUCCGUUAACAACACUAAAGUCAAUAUUGAAUGAUGCCAUUUGCUGCAUUAUUAACUGCUAUUGGGAAGUUAGCUAAAUGUGUCAUUUCUCUUUUUGUAUUCAUCUUUGUUGCUGGCUGACACCUGCAUUCAGCGAUACAUAUACUGUAUUAUCUACCAUAAUAUCGUCAUAUCACUUUGUAUUCCCAUUACUGUAAUGUCUGUGGCUGUUUUACUGUGUGGAGUUUGAGACUCCACCGACUCCUAUACUGUCACGUAAUAACUGUCAUGUACAGAAGACACUUGUGUUUAUAAUGUAUACGAUGUGUAUAUAGUGAUUGUGAUUUGUGAAAUGACUGGAAUCUGUUGUAAAAAUUGGUUGUAAAAGAUGAACGAGAAGAACGGGAUGAGUCAGCGUUUACUGUAUAUUUGACAGAGAAUGAAUCCCAAGGAGAGUUUGGUUUGUCUCGAAACCAGAGUUGCAGUUUUUCUCGCAAGCUUGUUCAAGCAUUUUUCAAGCAAGUUUUCAAAAUGUUGUUUGCCUCUUUUUUUUUUUUUUUUGCCCCUAAACUCUUCUGCUGGUCCCCAGUUGACAUUUAAUUGGUGCAGUUUGUAUUUACUGGAGACUGUAGUUUAAAGAACGUUUAUUCGCUUUCUUUUUGAGAGUUAGAUAGAUACCACUCUGCAUGGUGAGUAUAAGGCUACAGCCAGCAGCCAGUUAGCUUAGCUUAGCAUAAAGACUGGAAACAGGGGCACAGCUAGCCUGGCUCUGUCCAAAGGUAACAAAAUCUGCCUACCAACAACUCUAAAGCUCACUAAUUAACACACUAUAUCUUGCUUGUUUAAAAACUAGCUAAACAGCUAACCUGCUUCUGCGUCGUUUUUACACUGUUUUUUGUACGGAUUAAACAAACGAGAUAUAAUUAGUGAGCUUUAGAGGUGCUGAUACAUAUAGGUGGACUUUGUAACUUUUGGAGCCAGGCUAGCUGUUUCCCCUCUGUUUCCAGUCUUCAUGCUAAGCUACGCUAACCAGCUGCCUGAUUUAGCUUCAUAUUUAACACACAGAUUUUAAAGUGGUAUUGAUCUUCUCAUCUAACUCUUGGCAAGAGUGCAAACAAGUGUAUUUCCCAAAUUGUCAAACUAUUCCUUAAAAACUUGAGUAAAAUAGUUUUUUUGUUUAAAGUGCCAAAACACAUAAAACUCAGUCUUGUUUUUCCCAAUUUGUGAAACAUUGACUUUCCUGAAAUGUAAGAUUUAAACAGAAGGGCAGCUUCAAGUUAAUUAUCCACCAUCAAACCCUGCUGCCUGUCUGAGUAAAUCAAAUAAAGACAAAACAAACAAAAACUGCAGCUCAACAAGAGACGGGAGGGAUUUGGAAGAGGAAAUGUGUAUAUUUUGGCUGUUGAAAGGUGAAGUUAAGUGAAAACACAGACACCUUUAUCAUUUACUACUUUAUCAGUUUAACCGGUUAAUUCUUGAUCAAGUAAACUUGUUCUGGUAAGAAGCAGCAAAUGUGCAGCUUAAAGUUUAUUAUAAGUUAGUUUUACACUUGGUUUUGCUCAUUGCCUUAGUUUCUUUCACAUGAUUCCUGCUGUUUUAAUACCAAACAACCCUGAAUUUAAGAUGUCCACAUAUACUUGCUCUGUGUUGUACAUAUUACUUGUACUAUAACAGCCAUUUUCUAAACCGACUGGAAACUUAUCGACUUGACAAGAGAGGAAAAAAAGUUGCUUGUUGGACCAGUAAGAGAGUAUAUUACUUCAGUUCGUGUUUUCCUAUGUAAUGUUGAUUUAUUACCAAACUUUUUUUUUGUAAAAAAUGCAUUACAAAUUGUGUAACUGCAAAAACACUCUUGUGAGAAAAAAGUACCAUAAAUAAUAAUAAUAGUAUUUUAAACUA